AUGGCAGCAGGUCAAGAUUUGAUUGAGCUCAAAUUCAGGCUAUCUGAUGGCACCGACAUAGGUCCACACAAGUAUAGCCCAUCUACCACUGUACAAUCACUUAAAGAGAAAAUACUUGCACAAUGGCCUAAAGAGAAAGAAAAUGGUCCAAGGACAAUAAAUGAUUUGAAGCUUAUUAAUGCGGGAAAGAUACUGGAAAACAACAGGACCCUAGCUGAUUCCAGACUUCCAGUCGGUGAACUACCAGGAGGUCUCAUCACUAUGCAUGUGGUUGUGCGUCCUCCUAUUGCAGACAAAAAGAAUGUCUCUACCCCGAGGUAUUUAACAUCUUUGGCUCUUUUGAUGAACCUUUGCCCCUGA